AAAUCUAGCAAGCCUUUCUUUUCCACUUCAGAGAAAGCCCAUCUCACAAUACAUCUGGGAACAGAGGAAAAGGCUUCAAUUCAGCAAGAGCUAACACGCUUAGGAAUUUCUUUCGGAAACUUUAAAAGACUCUUCUGCUUACUACCAUCUGGAAUCCACUGCAGAAACACCAAAAAGGAAAACUUCCUUCAAAAGGAGUAAGAAGUGAGACCAAACUGGGAAUGUUUAAGUCCCUGAAACGGCACUGAAAUAAAAUAAAAAAAAUAAAAAAAAAAAAAGACUGCUACCUUCAUGUUAAAUAUUCUGGAGCAUAAAGAAUCUUAAAUUUUGGAAUAUUCAUCUUGACUACUGAAACACAAGUUUACCAGAUGAGUAGUUUUAUUCCCAUCUCAGAACACAGCUUUUCUUUAAAUUUAUAAUCCAACAGGUUGGCUUCACUGACUACAUUUUUCAAAAGUUGUCCGUCAGUUACCCAAACUCUGGAUUCACGGAUUUUCUGGAUUAGAAAAUGAGAAUAUUUUCCUGUUGAAGAACCAAGUGGAAAAUUUACAACAACGAAUUUCAUGUUUCUUAUCGAGAUUUCAAAGAAAAAGGAAAUAUUUAUAAAACCAUCCAAAGAUACAAAGAAUUUCCACAUACUUUGGAGGUUAUAAAGUGGUCACAAUCUGAAUACCAAAGAAGACUGCAGCUGACCAAAGGACUUCAAUUCUGUAAACUGGACGUGCCUUUAUAAUGGUAAGCAAUAACAGCUCCAAUUGCUCCUAUGAUGACUCCUUUAAGUACACUUUGUAUGGGUGCAUGUUUAGUAUGGUGUUUGUGCUUGGGUUAAUAUCCAACUGUGUUGCCAUAUACAUUUUCAUCUGCACCCUCAAAGUGCGAAAUGAAACCACAACGUACAUGAUUAACUUGGCAAUGUCAGACUUGCUUUUCGUUUUUACUUUACCCUUCAGGAUUUUUUACUUUGCAACACAGAACUGGCCAUUUGGAGAUUUACUUUGUAAAAUUUCAGUGAUGCUGUUUUAUACCAACAUGUAUGGAAGCAUUCUGUUCUUAACCUGUAUUAGUGUGGAUCGGUUUCUGGCAAUUGUCCACCCGUUUAAGUCAAAGACUUUAAGAACCAAACGAAAUGCAAAACUCGUGUGCAUUGCUGUGUGGCUAACUGUGAUAGGAGGAAGUGCACCAGCGGUUUUUUUUCAGUCCACCAACUCUCAUUUUUGCUUUGAAAAAUUUCCAGAAGCCACAUGGAAAACAUAUCUCUCAAGGAUUGUAAUUUUCAUUGAAAUAGUGGGAUUUUUUAUUCCUCUAAUUUUAAACGUAACUUGUUCUAGUGUGGUGCUAAGAACUUUAAAUAAACCUGUUACAUUAAGUAGAAGCAAAAUAAACAAAACUAAAGUUUUAAGAAUGAUUUUUGUACAUUUGGUCAUAUUCUGCUUCUGUUUUGUGCCUUACAAUAUCAAUCUUAUUUUAUAUUCUCUUAUGAGAACACAAACAUUUGUAAAUUGCUCAGCAGUGGCAGCAGUAAGGACCAUGUACCCAAUCACUCUCUGCAUUGCUGUUUCAAACUGUUGCUUUGACCCUAUAGUUUACUACUUCACGUCGGAAACAAUUCAGAAUUCAAUAAAAAUGAAAAACUGGUCUGCUAGAAGAAGUGACUUCAGAACCUCUGAAGUUCACAGCACAGAGAACUUUAUUCAGCAUAACCUACAGACCUUAAGUAGUAAGAUAUUGGACAGUGAAUCUACAAUAUAAGCUGCCUGAAAUGAAACGGCUGGGACUACACUGGGAAACUCUAAGUUCCUUCAAAUGUGAGAAGUGUUUUCUUGGACAACUAUUUCUCCACCUCUGAAGGAAAAUGAACACGUGGACAUUUUAAAGUUAGUAGUAUAAAAAAUUGUAUUCGAUGUGUUAAGCAUUAAAAUGUAUUCUAUUCUUGUAUACAUAACCAUUUUAUUUUUCUGAGCCAUUUUGACCCGUACCUUCUUCUUCAUUAAAAAAUCCCUAAAAGACUUGUUCAAAGUCUAAAAGCGACUAUGAUUUAAAUCAUUUGGUGACCAUGAGUACUGUUUAAUUUCUUGCAAUUUUAACUAAAUGAUUUAUAACAAUUAAAUGUUUUGCGUAUUUAAUAUUUUUAUUCAACGUAUAUCUAAUUUCUAUUUCAAUUUGAAUUGAAACUACUAAUCAUGUUUCUUGAACUAUAAUAUAAACGAGAAGGAGAAUAAUUUGCAAUAAUAAGUGGUUUUGGAGUGCUUUUUAAAAAAUAGCUAAAAAUAUCUUCUGGAAUACCAACACACUAUUUGGGGAUCUCGAGCAGUUACAAAUAAUAUUCAGGCUUUUGUCUUUGUAGGCAAUGCAUAAGAAGCAUGUGCUAUCUAACCAUGUAGUAUGUAUGCUUUAAAAUUAUUAUUUUGGUCUAUUUUCUGGAUAUAACAGUGUUCAAUUUCAAAAUAAUAUAUGUCACGAAAAUUGAGAGGGAAGAAACUAAAAAAUGCUGUUUUGCUAGUACAUUAAAAAAAAAACUACAUGGAGGUACAUUUUAAAGGCAUAUUUUGUCACAAUAAGUAACUUGUAUAUGUAUUUUAAGUCAGAAAUACCACAGAUAGUAAGAUAGUGAAAUAUAAGACUUGGUGCUUUGAAAGUGAUCAAUAAAUAUAUUACUUCCCUUCUCUCUUUUGACCAUUUAAAGUGAAAUAUUGAACAGCUGAAAAUAUUAUUUCCAGUACACAAAAUGUUAAUGUAUGUCAAAAUAAUUUAUGAAGUAAAAACAUAGUUCCUUAUAUAAAAAGCAACAAAACUACAGGGCCUGUUGUACUGAGUUCAGUACAACUACAUUUUCAUUUUCUUAAACACAGAAAAGGUAUCAAUUUGAGCUAUAAUUUAGUAGAUAUUAAGUACCAACUACACUAAAACUUUUUCAUUUUCCAACAUAUUUUCUUUCAAAUUCAAGCAGUUCUCCAAAGUUAACUAAAAAAGAAUGCUUUUUGUUUGAGAAAAAUGACAUAAUUAAAUUCAGCUUUCAAUGUAUUUGAUUUUUACAUCUAAUCUUUGAAGUCCUGAACACAACUUUGGACAAAUACUCUUUUUUUUUUUUUUAAGUGAUAGAAGUUUAUUAAGUGAAAAUACAGAAGAAGCUGUCAAGAGUGAGAGGGGUCCCAACAGGGUUGCUAUGGACAGUUACUCUUAAUUUAAAUUUGAUUUUUCCUGUUCUCUGGGUUUGGGCUACAAUGAUUUCAGACAAAUCAUAGUCAUUUGCUAGAUAAGUAAUCCAUUUUCAAUAAAAUAACGGGGGGAUUUUCUUUAGGUAGCCAUGGUUUCCUCUAGAUAAACCAAAAGCAAAAUAAAUCCUUACUGUCUUCAA